UGCCAUCGGGGUUCCCUUCCUUUGAACCCGUUGGUCCCUCGAGCUUCUCUUUUUUUUGUUGUUGUUGAGGGUUAGAGAAAUUCCCGUGGAAGUGGAAUAGAAGACCAAUUAUACCCCCCCUUUUUCUUACUUCUCUUAUGAUCUGGGCUUAGUGAGAGCCCAGUCCGGAUAUAACUAGAUAUAAGUAAGAAAGAAAAAAAGAUGGCUGUUCUUCGCCAUGGAGUCGCCUUGCGACCCCUCACUACUGUUUCGAGAUCUGUGUCGGCCGCAUCGAUAUCGAGACAAUCUUUCUCUCGGACGCUAAGCCGUCAAUUCUCCCUAUCUAGCGCUAGGAUGGCUUCGAGUUAUCUUCCCGGUGAGCCAGAGCGCCCCGUUGUGAAGACAGAGAUUCCCGGUCCGGCAUCCAAAGAGUACAUUGCCAAAUUGACUCAGGUCUUCGACACCCGGAGUUUGAAUAUGCUCGCCGACUACACUAAGAGCGUUGGUAACUAUAUUGUCGAUCCGGAUGGAAACGCUCUACUCGAUGUUUACGCUCAAAUUGCCUCGAUACCUGUCGGGUACAACAACCCGGUUUUGAGGAAAGCCGCCGAGAGCCCAGAGAUGGUCACUGCACUAAUUAACCGACCGGCUCUGGGUAACUUCCCCUCGCAUGACUGGGCGGACGUCUUGGAGACUGGUAUUCUGAAGGUAGCACCUAAGGGACUUAACCAGGUCUUCACGGGUAUGGCUGGAUCCGAUGCGAACGAAACUGCGUACAAAGCAGCUUUCAUGUGGCGUCGCCAACGCGAGCGGGGUGGCUAUGACGUCGAGUUCACCGAAGAGGAGAUGGAAUCGUCUAUGCUGAACAAAUCUCCUGGCGCAUCUGAACUUUCCAUCCUUUCCUUCAAGACUGCUUUCCACGGACGUCUGUUUGGCACCCUCUCGACAACCAGAUCGAAGCCUAUCCACAAACUCGAUAUCCCCGCCUUCGACUGGCCCCACGCUACCUUCCCUCAGCUCAAGUACCCCCUUGAGGAGCACGCCGAAGAAAACGCCAAGGCCGAAGCUGACUCUCUCGCCGAGGUCGAACAUCUCAUCAAGAACUACCACGUACCACCCGCCGCCGUAAUCGUAGAGCCUAUCCAAUCCGAGGGUGGUGACAACCACGCCUCGCCGGCUUUCUUCCGAGGUCUACGCGCGCUAACAAAGAAGCACGGAGUCCUGCUAAUCGUAGACGAAGUCCAGACAGGUGUCGGCGCUACCGGCAAGUUCUGGGCUCACGAGCACUGGGACCUCCCCGACCCGCCGGACAUGGUGACCUUUAGCAAGAAAGCCCAGACAGCCGGCUUUUACUACGGGGACCCGACGCUGCGCCCCAACAAGCCUUACCGGCAAUUUAACACGUGGAUGGGUGACCCGGCGCGUGCGCUACUCUUCCGCGCCAUCAUCGAGGAGAUCCAGCAGCACGACCUAGUCGGCAAUACGGCACGCGUCGGCGACUACCUCUUCGGCAAGCUGGAGGGCUUGGCUAAGAAGUACCCGGGCCAGUUUGACAACCUGCGCGGCAAGGGCCAGGGCACCUUCAUCGCCUUCGACAACCCGAACCGCGACGAGUUCCUCACGAAGGCCAAGAAAUUCGGCGUGAAUAUCGGCGGCAGUGGCGCUACUGCGGUCCGCUUGAGGCCCAUGUUGAUCUUUGAGCGGCAGCAUGCUGAUAUCCUGGUCGAGGCGCUGGAGAAGGUUGUCUCGAGCUGAUUGGGUCGUGGGUUGUUUGUUUAUGCGUUGAACGAAACCGAUCCGAUGCGAUGCGAUGCGAUGGGUUUCCUUAGGCGGUCUUUGAACUACAUGAUAAAUCAGAAGGGGGAAUAAUACAUAUGGCUGGCUGGCUGGCUGGGACAAUGGAAUAUGGAAUAUCUGUGUGAUUCGUAUGCGUAUGAAUUUACGAAGGAAAUGCAGGAGAGGGGAAUGGAACAGUUAAAUGAAUGGAUGGAUGGAUGAAUGGAUGGAGGUCAUCCCGUCUCCCGGGAAAAGGUGGUUAUAUUGAUCCGGGUACUACUAUGCCUGCGUACAUUACCUUACCUUACCUAUUUCGCUUAUAUCUGAUUUGGUUUGGUGUACCUACACGUUACGUAGGUGCUUGCCAGCUUGCUUCACCAUUAAAUUAACGGAUAUUCGAGACGAAUGUUGUUACACGCGAGAGGAUUGAUUUCUCAAGUUUGCGUCGAGGAUGAAAUAUGAAAUAUGAAAGCGCUAUGAACUAUUAAAUCAGAUACUAGAAUACUGUGUUCUUUAAAAUAGUAUAAACUUGAAGAUUACAACCUACCUAACCUAUGUCCUGGCUUCGCUGGGAGUUAAUCGAAUUCGAGAGGCACGCAGUUAAGAAACUUGGCCCCCUC